UUCUUUCUUGUUUUACUCACCUUCUCCAUUUCCCUGUAUUGAAGACUCUAAUCAUGACAGCAUAUCGUCCUGGAUCACCUUACCGGCCCGGAUCCCCCGGCGGUCGUCGCCCGCAGUCGUCUUCAUCCGCCCACACCAGGGUUGAAGAAGAACUGCACGAGCACAACGGCAUCGACUAUGAAAAGGUUUCAAUCAAGCACAACCCAUCCGUUCCCGUGCUCUACGAAGAAGCGCUGACGCACGAAGUUGGCUCAGUGAUCUCUUCUGCGGGCGCUUUAUGCAGCUACAGCGGCGCCAAACGUGGCCGUUCGCCCAAGGACAAGCGUAUCGUGCGCGAAGAGAGUUCCGAAAAAGACAUUUGGUGGGGUGAAGUGAAUCUGGAGAUGAGCGAGCGAGUCUUCUUGAUCAACCGUGAACGUGCGAUCGACUACCUGAACACACAUCCACGCUUGUACGUCUUUGAUGGCUUCGCCGGAUGGGACCCCAAGUACCGCAAGAAGGUCCGUGUGAUUGCCUCCAGAGCCUACCACAUUUUGUUUAUGCAUAACAUGCUGAUCCGUCCGACGGAGGAGGAAUUGGAGAACUUUGGCACCCCUGACUUUACCAUCUUCAAUGCUGGCGAGUUUCCAGCCAACCGAUACACCACGGGCAUGACGUCCACUACCUCGGUCGCUGUCAACUUUAAGCGCCACGAAAUGAUCAUCCUCGGCUCCGAGUACGCUGGUGAAAUGAAAAAGGGCAUUUUCUCUGUGAUGCAUUACCUCAUGCCCAAGGCUGGCGUCUUGUCCCUGCACUCUUCAGCAAACGAGGGUCCCAAUGGCGACGUCUCACUCUUCUUUGGUUUGUCCGGCACUGGUAAGACCACCCUCUCUGCCGACCCCAAGCGUGCCUUGAUUGGUGACGACGAACACUGCUGGUCCGACACUGGCGUUUUCAACAUUGAGGGCGGCUGCUAUGCCAAAUGCAUUGAUCUGUCGGCUGAGAAAGAACCCGAGAUCUACAAUGCGAUCCGCUUUGGCUCCGUGCUGGAAAAUGUUGUGCUGAACGAAGACACGCGCGAGGUCGACUAUUCGGACGACUUCUUGACCGAAAACACACGCUGUGCCUACCCGAUCAACUUUAUUCCAAACGCCAAAAUUCCAUGCAUGGGUGGUCACCCCAAGAACCUGAUUCUUUUGACAUGCGACGCCUUUGGCGUUGUCCCGCCCGUCUCCAAGCUCUCGUCGGAUCAGGUCAUGUACCACUUCAUCUCAGGUUACACUACCAAGGUUGCUGGCACCGAAGACGGCAUUGUUGAACCCACGCCCACUUUCAGUGCAUGCUUUGGUGCUCCGUUCUUGAUCUUGCAUCCUCAAAAGUACGCAUCCAUGUUGGCCGAAAAGAUUAACCAGCACAAGACAGACGCCUGGCUGAUCAACACCGGUUGGAUUGGAGGCAAGGCGGGCGUCACCAAGCGCUGCCCUCUCAAAUACACACGUGCCAUCCUCGAUGCCAUCCACAGUGGAGAGCUGGCCAAGGGCGAGUUUGAGACUUACGAGGUGUUCAAUGUGGCAAUUCCAAAGAAGGUCGACAAUGUCCCCGACGAGAUCCUCCACCCGCGCAAGGCUUGGCAAGGCUCGCCCGAGGAGUUUGAUACCUCCCUGAAGAAGGUCGCUUCAAUGUUUGCAGAGAACUUUGAAAACUUCAAGGACCAAGCUGCACCUGAAACAUGUGCUGCAGGCCCACAAAUUUAAAGAAAAUCGAAAGGGAGUGAAUGUGUGUUUUUAUAAUAAAGA